AUCCUAACCUGAGGCUGGGUUGAGGCUGGGUUGCCAGGAGUUCCAGUCAUCAGCAAUAGAAAAGAAAGCACAGAGGAGGUGUGCUCACUCCUGUGAGGCUGGGCCCAGUAGUCCACAUCUUCUGCUUACUCUUGUUAACAGUCUCUCAUUACAUGGCCACCCCAAACUACAGGGGAGAUUGGGAAACCUGUUUGUGAGCCCAGGCAAAGGGGGAGGAUGAACUCUGCAGACAACCAGUGGUCUCCACCACAGUAUGAAUAGUUCUUUGGUUUUACUGGCAGUAGCCAAAUGUGGUCCUUGAUUUCCUUUCCAGGAGGUGUACUCAGUGUACAGAAUCCUGGCUGGGAUUUUGAACAUUGGAAACAUUGAGUUUGCAGCUAUCUCCUCUCAACAUCAAACUGAUAAAAGUGAGGUGCCCAGUGCUGAAGCUUUAGAAAAUGCUGCCUCUGUUCUCUGCAUCAGCCCUAAGGAGUUCCAGGAGGCCCUCAUCUCACACUGUGUGGUCACUCGGGGUGAGACCAUCAUCCGCGCCAACACUGUCGACAGGGCGGCAGAUGUCCGAGAUGCCAUGUCCAAAGCCCUGUAUGGGAGGCUCUUCAGCUGGAUUGUAAAUCACAUCAAUACACUCCUGCAGCCAGACAGAAACAUAUGUAGUGCAGGUGAUGGUAUGAAUGUGGGGAUCUUGGAUAUUUUUGGAUUCGAGAACUUCGAGAGAAAUUCGUUUGAGCAGCUCUGCAUAAACAUCGCCAAUGAGCAAAUCCAGUACUAUUUCAAUCAGCAUGUUUUUGCUCUAGAGCAGAUGGAAUAUCAGAAUGAGGGCAUCGACACUGCACCUGUCGAAUACAAGGACAAUCGGCCGCUCCUGGACAUGUUCCUCCAGAAACCCCUGGGACUACUUGCACUUUUGGAUGAGGAAAGUCGAUUCCCCCAAGCAAGUGAUCAGACCCUGGUUGAUAAAUUCGAGGAUAAUCUACGAUGCAAAUACUUGUGGAGACCCAAAGGAGAGGAGCUGUGCUUCGGAAUUCAGCACUCGGCGGGACAGGUAUUAUAUGAUGCUUCUGGGGUUCUUGAGAAAAACAGAGAUACUCUCCCUGCUGAUGUGGUUGUAGUCCUGAGAACAUCAGAGAACAAGCUUCUUCAGCAGCUCUUCUCAAUCCCUUUGACCAAAACAGGUACUUGGAAACCCACAGACAGCCCUGGGUCUGAUGCUUCUACAGCCCUGCUGGGGUUUUCCAGUUGGUAUUUUCUAAAUACUGCCAGGGCUGCACUACUAAUAUUUUGAACUUUAAGAAGGAUAAAGGUCUAUCCAACUAAGUCCAAGAGAAGGAAAGUGGUUGUUUAUUUUGCAAUUU